AUGUAUUAUGCGGUCGUGGUUUCAAAGGAGGCAUCAAAGCAUCAACAAAGAUGUAUCAACGGCUAUCAACAUGGAAAAGAUCAGGCACAAGAUCAAAUCGAACGUAUCCUUGAUCGAAUUCACUCAUUGGAUGAUCUUUCCGCUAAUGAUAUCACUGAGCUAAGACGUAUUUCUGAGCAUUCUCUUGUUCUGGACAAGUUCAAGAUCUCUCCUACUGAGUAUAGAAACUGGCUUGACACAGUUGGUAACGACAUUCGUGGUGUCGAGUACGAUGCUCAGAAAGCAUGUCUUGUCUUGAAAGAACGUCCGGGAUGGAUGCAUGGCACUGCUGCAGGCAUUGUUUACGGGCUUCUGUUUUCUCUACAAUACAGGUUGGAAUCUACUACCGGUAUACGGUAUUUAUCGACUGGCAGCAUAGUUUGUUCAUUGGACAACAAGUUUAGCGGCUCUACCAAACAAGCCGAUGCGUCACUGAGAGGACUUUAUUCUAAAUGGCCAAUUAUAGUUCUUGAGGUCAAUACUUGUGACUCUACGAGAAAGCUCUUUGAAGAUGCCCGACGAUGGUUAGAAGGCAGUGAUGGCAACACUAAACUUGUCAUACUUGUUGAUGUUCAAGAGAAGGAGAGACGGUCUACUUCAACUGACAGCUGGGGGCUAUCUGAGCUUGACUUCCCGAAAAUAAGUCAUAGAAGGCUCUCUGAACAUAUAACCCAAUGGUAUCAAUCCAGGAGAAUCCGUCUUGUUGGCAACUUUGCAUUAUCUGUACAUUUAUGGUACAGCGAUGGCAAUAGGCAAUGUAUUUUGAACAAGGCUGUCUUUGCACCAGGCAACUUGAUCGACCUCGCAACCAUAAAAGAUAUUCCUUUAAGGCUGAGUGGUUUGAUGCCUGGUAGGGAACAUUUGGAUAGGGAUGAGCCUCUUUUUUUCCCACUGAGAGAAUUGGUGAAUACGCUGCAAAACGGGUUUGAAGAUGUUGAGAUUCAACGAGCGAGUGAUUUGGCGGAGAACAAGAAGAAAAAGUACCUUCGAUCAUAG